AUGGCCGCUAGACUCUCUAUGAGCGCCCGUAGAGGCCUUGUUCGAACAUCCCCAUCGACAAUCCGGCCGCUUUCUACGAUCCCGCACUCGUCGCGAUUGCUUGCGGGCCCAGUCCGACUUCCUACAAGUACGUCCCUCGCGCCAUGCGCCGGAAAGGCCCCGAUAUCACCGGUUCGUCACUAUGCCAAUGGCCGCCCUCACCCCCCGGGUGGUACACACCGCAUGGACAUGGGCGGAGAGCCCGAAAAGCCCGCGCUGGAACAGUUUGGCAUUGAUUUGACGGCAAAAGCAAAGGCGGGAAAGCUAGACCCGGUUAUUGGCAGAGAUGCUGAGAUCCAUCGAACUAUACAGGUGCUGUCGCGUCGUACGAAGAACAAUCCUGUGCUUAUCGGCGCGGCGGGCACCGGUAAGACUGCAGUGUUGGAAGGCCUCGCUCAACGCAUCGUCCAGGGCGACGUCCCGGAGAGCAUCAAGAACAAGCGUGUGAUUUCCCUGGACCUCGGCUCCCUCAUUGCGGGUGCUAAAUUCCGUGGUGAUUUCGAGGAACGCCUCAAGUCUGUAAUCAAGGAAACCGAAGACGCCCAAGGUGGAGUUAUCCUCUUCAUUGACGAGCUUCACACACUGCUGGGACUGGGAAAGGCCGAGGGGAGCAUUGAUGCAAGCAAUCUUCUAAAGCCAGCCCUGUCUCGAGGCGAACUACAAUGCUGUGGUGCUACCACCUUAAACGAAUACCGCCUGAUCGAAAAGGAUGUCGCACUCGCUAGACGAUUCCAGCCUAUCCUAGUCGGCGAGCCCUCUGUCGCAUCAACAAUCUCUAUCCUGCGAGGCAUCAAAAACAAAUACGAAGUGCAUCAUGGAGUUCGUAUUACUGAUGGGGCUCUCGUCGCUGCCGCUACCUAUAGUAACCGUUACAUCACCGACCGUUUCCUUCCCGACAAGGCUAUUGACUUGGUAGAUGAGGCAGCUUCAGCCCUUCGCUUGCAACAAGAGUCAAAGCCUGACUCUAUCCGAGAAUUGGAGCGUGAUAUUACUACCAUACAAAUCGAACUAGAAUCUUUGCGCAAGGAGACCGAUGUUAGCAGCCGCGAACGACGAGAUAAGCUCCAGGAAGAUCUAAAGAUCAAACAAGAGGAAACAGCCAAAUUGACUGAGGUCUGGGAGAAAGAAAAAGCCGAGAUCGACAGCAUUAAGGAGACAAAAGCGGAGCUAGAAAAAGCACGCUUCCAGUUGGAACAAACGCAGCGUGAUGGCGAUUUUGCUAAAGCCGGAGAGCUCCGUUACUCUACAAUCCCCGAGUUAGAGAGCAAGUUGCCUAAGGAGGGAGCCGAUCAGGAUGCGGAUGGACAAAAUAUGAUUCAUGACUCUGUCACUGCCGAUGACAUUGGCAAUGUGGUUUCUCGAACCACAGGAAUCCCGGUCAACAAGCUCAUGGCUGGUGAAGUCGAGAAAUUGAUUCGAAUGGAAGAUACCCUUCGAAAGUCGGUCCGUGGACAGGAUGAAGCUCUUUCCGCAGUUGCCAAUGCAGUCCGAAUGCAGAGAGCAGGUCUUAGCGGUGAGAACCGUCCGCUCGCCUCCUUUAUGUUCCUUGGUCCAACGGGUGUGGGUAAGACUGAGCUCUGCAAGAAGAUGGCCGAGUUCCUUUUCUCUACGGAGAGUGCCGUUGUGCGAUUUGACAUGAGUGAAUUCCAGGAGAAACACACUAUCAGUCGCUUGAUUGGUUCGCCAGCUGGAUAUGUUGGUUACGAUGACGCUGGUCAGCUAACCGAGGCUGUGCGACGAAAGCCCUAUGCUGUUCUCCUCUUUGACGAGUUUGAGAAGGCCCAUCGAGAUAUCUCGGCCUUGUUACUCCAGGUUCUAGACGAAGGUUUCCUCACAGAUGCUCAGGGCCACAAAGUCGAUUUCCGGAACACUUUAAUUGUCCUGACUUCCAACCUCGGCGCUGAUAUUUUGGUCGGGGGCGAUCCUUUAUACGCCUAUAAAGAAACUGGUGAAUCCGAAUCGGAGGUCCCAUCAGAUAUGAAGAAGGCCGUGUUGGAUAUCGUCCAACAUGCCUAUGCGCCUGAGUUCUUGAACCGAAUCGACGAGUUCAUCAUUUUCAAGCGCCUGUCGAAGGAAGCAUUACGUGAUAUCGUGGACAUUCGAAUCAAGGAACUGCAAGGCCGACUUCAUAGCCGCCGUAUGACCCUGAAGGUGGAAGAGGAGAUCAAGGACUGGUUGUGUCAGCGAGGCUAUGAUCCUAAGUUUGGUGCCCGUCCCCUUAAUCGUCUCAUCGCUAAAGAGAUUGGCAACCGACUGGCAGACAAAAUCAUUCGCGGUGAGAUAGUUUCUGGUCAGACUGCUCGAGUUUCUCUCGACGAUGAUAAAAAUUCCCUGUUGGUCACCGCUGAGGGAGCUGCAGAAAACGCGUGA